AUGGAUUUCUAUCAUCUUCCCUUGUCGGCUCCUUGCCAGUCCGUUCGUUUGGUAGCCAAAGCCCUUGGUUUGCACUUAAACUUGAAAGAGGUUGAUCUUUCAAAAGGAGAGCACCUUAAGCCGGAGUUCUUGAAGAUCAACCCGCAACAUACCAUCCCGACGCUGGUCGAUAACGACUUCUCCCUUUGGGAAUCGAGAGCGAUCCUCACGUACUUGUGCGAAAAGUACGCCAAAAACGAUAGCCUCUAUCCGAAGGAUCCGAAGAAUCGCGCCGUAGUGAACCAGCGGUUGUACUUCGACAUGGGAACGCUUUACCUACGGUUCGCCCUAACGUACUACCCGGUGGUGAUGCAGGACAAAGAGCUGGACCCCGAAAACGUAAAGAAGUUUGACGAAGGGCUUGAAUUUCUUGAAGCUUUCCUCGACAAGACAACCUUCGCCGCCGGUGACAGGCUGACCGUGGCCGAUUUGGCUCUUUUGGCAAGCAUCAACACCUUCGAAGUGACCGUUGGAUACGAUUUCAGCAAGUUUCCAAACAUCCAACGCUGGUACGGAGUGAUGAAGGAAUCUGUUGCCGGAUACCAGGAGAUAUGCGUCGAAGGAGCUACCCGUUUCCGAGACGCGUUCAAUUUUGCCAAAAUUCAGUGAUCGUUCGGUGAACGGACGCCCACAAUAAAACGGC